AUGGUCGUCGUUGCGUUCUCGGCGUCCGUCCGGAACCCACGUGAGCGCGAUCUAUCGAACCUGGACUUCCUUCGCACACGGCUCGCCUGCGAACUUGUCUCAAGCGACCAGCACCGUCCGCCUAUCCUUGCCUUGGUACGGGUCGAUCUCGCUUCAACGCUCGGGACCGGUGCGCCACCUGCCGCGAUGCUGCAAUCCAUGCAGGCUCUAUCCCUACGCCGGAAUCGAUGCUACAUCUCGCGUCUUCCACUCGAAGUGCUGCAAGAAUGCCUCUCAUACCUCCCCUUCGUCUUCGACGAGUUCACCGAGAUACAUCGCUGCGACGGCGAGAACAAAGCUCCUCAAAGUCGCGAAGAGUUCCUCCAGAACAUCGCCGAAUCAAAUGGACUUGCACCUGGGAGAAGACAAGUGGCGCAUGCAGGAAACGACAGGCUAGCACCGGGGAACAGACCGGGCGUGGACGUUGUCCGUCCUCUGGACGAAGCACACUGGCGGAGUCCCUCACUACCGAAGCAAUGCCGAAGCAAUUGUCGCGUCGAAUACUGGAACUGGCUUGAGGUUCGGCGUGUCUCUACGGUCUGGCAGCGCGCUGCAGAUGGCUGCCCACGUUUCAACGCUCGCGUGGCCCUGCAAAGCAGACAGACAGCGACGCGCUCAUUAUCCCUCUCGGGGACGAUGCCUUUGUGCGUCUAUGCUACGCUCGCGGCUGAACAAAAAGAAGACUUUGAUUUCCUAGCAUUUGUAUGUCAGCUGUUGGAGGACAACAUGCAUCGCAUCAUGGAGAUCAAUAUCACUGCUGAACCUCACUCCUUUAUAUUGAUUCGGGACACCAUCAACCGCCGACGAACCUUCUCUCUCCCCGCACCUCUCCUUGAGCGCUUGGAGAUCAACGCGCUGUACAAGCCCGGAGCAUGGCAAGCGCCACUGCGUCUAUCUGAUGUCUUUGCAACGAAGGACGUCCCACGGCUGCGCCAUGUCUCUGUACAUGGUUGCAACGUACUACCCAGGUGUUCUCUGUUCAAAGCAUCACUGACAUCCCUUGUCGUUCACGGUGACGGCGAUCAUUGGACGAUGUACACGCAAUUAGCCGAGAUGCUCUCGCAUCUGCAUCAGUUAGAGGUCUUGAGUCUGUGCGUCAAAAACCGCAGCGCACACCAGACCGACCCUGAAGUGGCAAACACUGCUUUGGUGGAGUUACCCCGUCUAAGAACGCUUAGGCUAGAGGCACGGCCAUCAUUACUUGCGAAGAUUCUGACUUAUAUCAAGCCGCCGAGUACCACAGAGACGCUCAUUGCAUGCCGCGUCGAGGAAGGCGACGAUCGCGAGCUUCUUCGAUCCGUUGGUGGCUCAUUCAAAGAACGACUCGGAGUCUCAGAAAUGCAUUAUGAGGACAUCAUGUUUCAUCGCAACUACGACGACGGCUCUACGACGCUCGUCUUCUCGCAGCCUAUUGACGACUCUGGCGGCGAAUACGGAGCCUUUCCAAGUCUGAUAAGUGUCAAGGCCAUCUCGCACUCGUACGACGACUUUUUCCAAUGCUCCCACUUCCUGCGCGCUGCGCGCCUUGUGGUCCCAUGCCGUCCCGCCUACGUAUCAAUCUUCGUCACUCACGCAGGCUCAACUAUUUCUCGACGAGGCGUGGAGGAGUGGCUCUGGGACAUCUGCUUGGGCGAUAUGAGCACCGCCGUGGAAGUACACCUGCACGAUGCUGCAGGACACGAGUUCGUUCGUCGUCUCAGCGGUGGUGGUUUGCCCACUACUAGAUUUCCGAACCUACAACGGCUGAAGCUCGUCGGCCCGCAUAAGAGGCACAACAAUCGGACGGCAAACUCUGCUUCCCCACCGAGCCUCAAGUAUACGGCGGAGCUCGUUCGAGCGCUUGAGCGUCUUCCGCGCGCCCACGUUCUCGAGAUGGAAGGCUAUACGAUAUUGCCGUACGAUGACAAGCGUUUGCACGCGCUUGCGACGAAGCGUGGGAUAGAGCUUUUGUAUGAGCGGGUCGUCGAUUUUGAUCCGUUCCCCGGCCCUUCACUUCGGGCGCGCCUCGGGAUCACGAUGGCAGCGUUCAUUCAGAACCCUGUAUCGUGGCUUACGGUGAUCUGCUGCUCUUGUCUGGAGCGAUCAUGGGAUGGACGUUGUAUCGGACGUCAAUGGGAACGCAAACCUGAUCUUGGCGUCAAGCAAAUACUCCCCGGAAAUGAGCUCUCGGUGUAUUCCAAGGUUCUUAUUUCGCUCUCCACGUAG